CAAAACAUGCAAAUGAUAAGGUACUCAUGAUAUAUAAUCACACUACUUUUGGGCUCUCUAAUCCAUUUCCCUCUUCCCAAAGUGUAACCUUUCCAAUAAAAAGUCUUCCCAUUUCAACGUCCCAUGUAUUCCACCUCAACCAACGCUUCGGCCGCUCCCGAUCUCUCCUUACAUAUCAGUCCACCGACGAGCUCGACUGCAGAUUCCGGCGGCAGCGAUUUGAGCCACGAAAAUGUAAUCUUCCCCACCAAUCAAGUCGUUGAACCCGAACCCACUCUGCGGCUAGGGUUGGAUCCAGAACGUCAACAUCGCCACUGUCUUCAGCAUCAUCGGCCUCCGAUAAUGCACGGAGGAAGAGAGUUCAAGAGAUCAUCCACAAGGAAAAAUGUCCGUGCACCGCGAAUGAGAUGGACCUCCACUCUCCACGCCCAUUUCGUGCACGCCGUUGAGCUUCUUGGCGGCCAUGAACGAGCAACUCCUAAAUCUGUUCUGGAGUUGAUGAAUGUGAAGGAUCUAACCCUAGCUCACGUGAAGAGCCACUUGCAGAUGUACAGAACAGUGAAGAGCACUGACAAAGGAACAGAAAUUGGACUGAAACUGCAUACGACAAGAAUGGAAGAUGUGGAUCAGUGCAGUGUGAUUGCACCACCACCAUUUUGCCUAUCAUCAUUACAUAACAACACUACUUUCCAACACACUCACAGACGGCCAUUAUCUAUAGACGAUAUUGUAGUGCGACCCUCGAGCCAAGUUGACCCUCAAAAAAAUUAUCUACAAGGACUUGAUGUAUCUAAGGAAUAUGAUGUAGGGGCCGUGAGAAAAACUUCUUCUGAUGAUGUGUUGGUGGAUUUAGAAUUUAAGCUUGGAAGAUCAAUCUGGCAAAUGGACCACUCUGAAUGCUCCCUACUUAGAUGUUAAUUAUUUUAAUUUCAAUAGAUUAUUAGUAAUAUUCUUCCUUGCGUUGAAUCAUAGACAAGACAAAGUACUUAUGUACCAAGGAUUUUCUUGCUAACUUUUGAUAAUGACUAUCAAAAGGUACAUGCUAAUGCAUGUAAAACUUAUUCUAAUUAAUUAACUUUGCUAAGUUUAUUUUUUUA